AUGUCCAAAGCGGCCGCUUUUUUGGCCGCCUUUGCGGCCGCUCUUUUCGUGAUCACCGCUGGAGCACCAUCAAAUCGAAGUUUCGUCAUCGACUUUGCCCAGAAUGAGUUCCUCAAGGACGGCGCCGUCUUCCGCUACAUCUCCGGGUCGAUGCACUACUUCAAGAUUCCGACUGAGCUGUGGCGGGACCGCCUGCAGAAGGCCAAAUUUCAAGGGCUAAACGCCAUUCAGACCUACGUCCAGUGGAACACCAUCGAGCGCAAGCCCGGACACUUUGACUUCAGCGGCGCCAACAACCUCACCCGCUACAUUCAAAUGGCGCAGGAGGAGGACCUCCUGGUGAUCCUCCGCAUCGGCCCCUUCAUCGACGCCGAGGUGGACAUGGGCGGCCUCCCAUCCUGGCUCCUCAAAGAGCACGCCCACCCGAGCCUUCGCUCCAUGGACCCACACUGGAUCGCCGCCGUGGAGCGCUACAUGGCCGCUCUUUUACCUCGUAUCAAACCUCUGCUCUACUCCUCCGGUGGCCCCAUCAUCUCCAUUCAGGUGGAAAACGAGUACGGCAGCUACCGCCCUGAAUGCACCCACCCGCAGUACAAGACCCAUCUUCGAGACCUGCUGUGGAAACAUUUAGGAAAGGAGACAGUCGUCUACUUCACCACCGACGGCAACGGCGACGCCUACCUGCAGUGUGGCCCCGUUCCAGGCGUCCUCAUCACCACCGACUACGGGGCGGGGACGGACGUGGCGAAGGCGAUUGCCACGCUGCGAAAGUUCCAGCCGAAUGGGCCGGUGGUCAACUCGGAGUUCUACAGCGGCUG